CUCCCACUGCUUGGAGCUGCACUUUUCGGCCUUUCUUCCAUUCUCUGGUUUUUCCUGCACGGGAAAAAGGUUCCACUUUUCCUCGCAAACUCGAGUACCCUUUUACGGAUUUUGUCCUUUUUCGCUUUACCAAUUCCAAUAUUGCGGAGCUUUUCGGAGAUAUUUGUUUGGUGGUCGAAGGGCAAGAAGGUUCUAGACUUCCCGUUGCACGUGGAGAUUGUGAGCGAGCGAACUGGGUUCUACGAUCUCCUUCUUAAUCUUCUCCAUCUUCACCUUACUGGCUCUGCCAUGCUCGCAUUAUCGAGAGGCUUUGUUUGGCGUCUGCAACGUUUGGCCAUCGAUUCACCCUCGCCGCUCCGAUUUCUUAGUUACGAUGCAGCGAUUCAGACUCCGAUUAUUGAUCCAAAACCCGGUUUGAUGACCUCAAAUUCCAAGCGAACUGGGCUUAUAGCGGUAAAGUGUGGAAUGAGCGCUCUUUGGGAUAAAUGGGGUGCUAGAAUCCCAAUCACUGUGCUUUGGGUGGAUGAUAACAUUGUGUCUCAGGUUAAGACCCCAGAGAAAGAAGGUUUUUGUUCUCUCCAGAUUGGUUGUGGACAGAAGAAGGAAAAACAUUUGACCCAGCCUGAAGUUGGUCAUUUUAGGGCGCAAGGAGUUCCACUGAAGAGAAAGCUUAAGGAGUUCCCAGUGACAGAGGAUGCACUACUUCCUGCAGGAACAUCACUUAAUGUUCGCCAUUUUGUUCCCGGCCAGUAUGUUGAUAUCACGGGAAUAACCAAAGGAAAAGGUUUUCAGGGUGUGAUGAAGCGGCAUGGAUUUAAGGGAAUGCCAGCAUCCCAUGGUGCUUCAUUGUCCCACCGAAGCCUUGGUUCUACUGGUCAUAUAACUGGUCCUGGAAGGGUUUUUAAAGGUAAAAAGAUGCCUGGGAGAAUGGGUGGAGAUCAAAGAACAGUUAAAAAUGUAUGGGUCUACAAGAUUGAUCCAGCAAGGAAUUUGAUGUGGGUGAAAGGCCAGGUUCCAGGAGCUACAGGGAACUUUGUUUUUAUAAAAGAUGCUGUAUACGAAAAACCUGACAUAUCUCUACUUCCUUUCCCAACUUACUUUGCCCCAGAAGACCAAGAUACUCAUAAUUUGAAACCAUUGGUUGCUGAGCUAGGAGAUGUGGAUCCAUUUAUCGUUACUGAUUGAAGACCUGUUUUUUUUUAUAGGUUCACUUCUGCAUUCAUGUUUUCUGAGUAUAGAUGGUAAAAUGAGAUUUUUUAGGAACCUUUUUACCUGUCUUUUUGACCAAAUCUAAAUUAGAUUGGGCAAAGCAUGGUUGUCUUGCAAUGCUACAAAUAAUGAAAAAGUAAUAGAAAAUGAGUAUGAAGAUGGGA